AAGUAUGAAAACGGCCAAAUUUGAUUGCUAAAGAUUUUAUAUUCAAUAUUCAUUGAAUCGCAUGAUCCAUGCCAAAAUGUCCUUAUUUAUUUAUUCCCAUCGUUCCAUGCCAACAUAACACACACACACACACAAAAAAAACUAGCACAAUGAACUCAACACCAAAAUGUUACAAUGAUCUCCAUUUCAUAUUCAUCCCCUUAAUGGCACCUGGUCAUCUUCUUCCUAUGGUAGACAUGGCAAAGUUAUUAGCACGUCGCAAAGUUAAGGUAACAAUACUCACCACACCCCUUAAUUCCAUUCGAUUUCAAUCCACCAUAGAUAGAGAAAUUCAAUUAGGAUCACAAAUCCAAAUUGUUCACAUUAAAUUUCCAAGUGUAGAGUCUGGAAUCCCAGAGGGAUGUGAAAGUGUUGACACUUUACCUUCAAUGGAUUUAAUGUCCAACUUUUACAUAGCUUUAUGCAAGAUGCAAAAUUCAUUAGAAAAUGUUUUUGAAAAGCUAAGACCAAUUCCAAGUUGUGUAAUUUCAGAUAAACACAUUUCAUGUGUAGCUGAAAUUGCAAUGAAAUUCAAAGUUCCGAGAAUUAUAUUCGACGGGACUAAUUGUUUUCAUCUAUUAUGCAAUCACAAUUUACGCAAUUUUAAUAAUAUUCCUAAUGAAGGGAAAUUUAUUGUUCCUGGAAUGCCCGAUCAAAUUGAGUUGCGAAAAUGUCAGCUUCCAGGGUUAUUUAAUCCAGGGGAAAACAAAAAAUUAAAUGGUUUUCGCGAAGAAGUAAGGGAAAUAGAAGAAAAAUAUUCUUAUGGAGUAGUGGUUAAUAGUUUCGAAGAAUUGGAAGAAAAAUAUGUUGAAGAGUAUAAAAGAGUAACUGGUUAUAAAGUAUGGUGUGUUGGCCCAGUUUCAUUAUCAAAUAAUGACGAGUUAGAUAAAUUUGAAAGAGGGAAGAAAUUAAAUUCAAAUGAUGAAAGUCAAUAUGAUAAAAUUCUCAAGUGGCUUGAUUCAUGGCCUUCAAAUUCUGUUAUUUAUGUUUGUCUCGGUAGUUUAAACCGUGCAACACCUCAACAAUUGAAAGAGGUUGGAUUGGGAUUAGAGGCAACAAAAAGGCCAUUCAUUUGGGUGUUGAGAGGUGCAUAUGGAAGAGAGGAAAUGGAGAAAUGGUUAUAUGAAGAAGGGUUUGAGGGAAGGGUGAAGAAUAGAGGCUUUUUGAUAAAGGGUUGGGCACCACAAGUGUUGAUACUAUCACACAAAGCAAUAGGUAUUUUUUUGACACAUUGUGGAUGGAAUUCAACAUUGGAAGGGAUUUCUUGUGGGGUGCCUUUAGUAACAUUUCCCAUGUUUGCUGAACAGUUUUAUAAUGAGAAAGUUGUGGUGCAAGUUGUGAAGAAUGGUGUGAGUGUGGGAGCUCAAAGUGCUGUGCAUUUAGGAGAGGAAGAAAAGUGUUGCGUUGUUGUUAAGAGAGAAAAUGUUAGAGAUGCUAUUGAGAAUGUAAUGGGUGAGGGUGAAGAAAAGGAAAAGAUUAGGGGAAGAGCUAGAAAAUAUGCUGACAUGGCAAGGGAAGCAAUAGAAGAAGGUGGUUCUUCUUACCGCAACAUGACUCUACUAAUUGAAGAUAUAAUACAUCUCCAAGGAUUAUAAUAUUAGAGGACAAAGCUAAAGUACAAUUGAAACAGAAUUGGUGAUGUUAUUUUUGUUUUUAUGCUAAAUAUUUACCUUCAUGCAUGUAAGCAACACAAACUUUCGGGGGUAAUUGUAUAAAAAUAAAAAUUCCCUCUAUUCUUUUUUUCUAAUUUUGAAAUAUUUAUUUGUUUUAAGUUUUUAAAUAAUAAUUUUUUUUAGGUGAAAGAUGGGGCAUAGGGGUCACUUACUGCCACACCCAAAACACACACACAAAGGGAUGAAAGUACAAAAGGAGGGGGACAUAAACCAAAACUCUUAUAGAAAACAAAAAACGACAGAAAAAGAGAUCAAAACAUAAAUUGAAAAUCUUUAGAAAUACUUACCCUAAGUCAGAUAGGGUAAGUCUCUUUGUUAGCUUAUGGCGGCUGCAUUUGAUGUUUCUUCUUAUUCUUUAAGAUCACUUUUUAAAAUUGUUGAUUAGAGUUAUCAAUGUUCUCAACUAGAUCAAUAUUAUCUCAGGAUUCUCUUAGAGAGAAGUUAGAAUAUUUCUUCACCUCCUAACUAUUAUCCUAGGGUUAAAAUAUUCUCAA